ACUCGCAAACUCACUUGUUUCAAGUGUUUGAUUGCAACGUGGUGUUUGGGAAGGGAAAGCUGACGCUGUGUGUUUGGUGUGUGCGUGAGAGAGAGAGUCAGAUCGAGGGGAAUCUCUUUAAAUGAAACUCCUCUGUCCUUGAAAUGGGAGCAGAUUAAAAAAAACUGCGCAAUCGAUCAGCAUUCUCCCAGCUCUGAGUGUGAAACAGCCGGCAAUGUAAACUCAGACUCCGGAACUAAACUGGGCUCCACUUUGUAUCUGCCUUUGUCGGGCUGGGGCUAGUGAAGGCACAGAACGGGAAGCUCAGCAGAGGCACAAGUGAUGGAGGAGACUCAGAAACCAGCUCCGGCAUCCAGCUGUCGCCUCGCACACAUCUUUCAGGUUGUCAGGAUUUGUCUCAUCUCCUACCCUCACCUCUUCUACCUGACGCUGUGUGUGCUGACGCUGAGCGGGGUGAAUGCUAGCCCAGAGACACUGUGUGGGGCAGAACUGGUGGAUGCUCUCCAGUUUGUGUGUGGCGACCGAGGCUUCUAUUUCAACAAACCCACAGGCUACAGGUCAAAUGUCAGGCGGCCACACAGAGGGAUUGUGGAUGAGUGCUGCUUCCAGAGCUGUGAUCUUAAGUUGCUCGAGAUGUACUGCGCAAAGCCCCAGCGAGCAACUGGCCCCGUACGUAUCCAACAUCACACUGAGAAAGGACAGAGGGAGAAUGCGUGGAGGAAUCCCAACCGGGCUAAUGCCAGCAGUAUCCAGCGUAAUUCCCGAAUCUGAGCGAGUAGGCAAGGAAGAUGGGAUCAGUGGCGAACGUGUCCCAGGAUAACACUGGUGUGGGCUCACUGCAAAGCGAAAUAACUUUCAACAAUCAGAGUCACACACUGCUCACAAGUCAACAAGACAGAUCUGUUAUUGAGUGAACUCUUCUUAUGGAAAGCACAAUUUUUUUGCUGCCUUGUCAGAAUUCCAGAGUUUUGUUGUGGGCUGGGGGAUACAUAGAAGGUUUUUGAAUGGAUUCUUGCUACAAGAGAACAACGUCUUUCCCGGCAGGAGUGUUACAUCCAAAUGUCCAAAGCCGACGAUGAGUUGAUCAAUUGCAUUUGUGUGGAUCAUUAGAGGGCCAGAGACUAAGAAACAGAUUUCAAUUUAACUUGCAACCAAAGAUUGUGACAUAUUUCCUUAUUAAGAAGCUAAUUGUAAUCAUAGAUGGUGCUGGAUUCAUGGUUGACUGUGCAGGACACUAAUGUACAUAUCAGUAGCAGGUUUGCAAAAUCAAAAAAAUUCAUUCUAUUUACAUUGGGCUGCAGCAAAUUAGCAUUUGCGUUUUCAUCCAGGAUGGGCUGUGCUAGGUUUGGGGAGGGCAAGUGAUGGUGAUACGUUGAGGCUGUGGCUUCAAUUGCAACUUGUAUGCAGUUGUGGCAUGGAUGCGUGGCAGUAAGGUCAUUUGGCUAUAUAACAAAAAUGCAAGCCAAGUUACAGUUACUUUCAAUAUUUGCACACUUGAGUGUGUUGAUUUUUGUAACUGCAGAUACCGUAAGAUUACGGAAUACAAUCUGAUACAAUUCCACUGAUAACCCAGGAUUUCAAUCAGUACAGUAAGGUCUCUGACCCCUCGGUAUUUUGUUGCUAAGAAACUGUAAUUUUUUAAACUUGAAGUUUGCACAAGGAUCACACUAUUCUAAAUCAGGAUUUUGUAGCUUCAUCUCCACCUUUAGCAAGUCUGCAUUUUAAGAGCAGGACUUCACCCUGUUCCCCUUAUAAUGUGACAAUAACAAUUUUUUUAAUGAACUACUUCUUCCAACCUUUAUCUGAAGAGUAGGAUUACAUUGAGUUUCCAGCACAGA